CACCCGAGCGUGAUUGCCCGAGGCCCCUCCUGCCGCGGCGAGGGAACGCCAUAAAAGCCCUGGUGCGACCGCUCUCGACACCCCAUCCGCCGGUUCUCACCCACCGAGAGGCGCGCCGCGCAGCAGAGCCCUCGCCGCCCAGCCACGCCCGCCGCCCGCCAACCACCAUGCUGGGUAGUAAGCGACUGGGGCUGUCGGGACUGACCCUCGCCCUGUCCCUGCUUGUGUGCCUGGGCGCGCUGGCCGAGGCGUACCCCUCCAAGCCGGACAAUCCGGGAGAGGACGCGCCGGCGGAGGACAUGGCUAGAUACUACUCGGCGCUGCGACAUUACAUAAACCUCAUCACCAGGCAGAGAUAUGGAAAACGAUCUAGCCCUGAGACACUGAUUUCAGACCUUUUGAUGAGAGAAAGCACAGAAAACGUUCCCAGAACUAGGCUGGAAGACCCUUCUAUGUGGUGAUGGGAAAUGAAACUUGCUCGCCGCUCUUUGCCUAUUUUUCAACCAGUAUUUCAUCCUGUGAAACUAGAGUCUGCCAGUUCUCCCAAUGCAUGCAGCCACUGUGCUCAGCUCUGCAGUUUUCCCUUUGUUGUCAUUGUAUAUAUGUGUGUUUAAAUAAAAUACCAUGCAUUCAAAA